UUCUUCUCGUAGUCAGCGGUCCAGUUCGGCCUUUCUCCCUGGGCUUUUGUGAGCAUCAAGCGACAUGACAGGAGAGCGCCUGGGCAAUGGCAAAGCCAGGUCCCCGUCAUCAUCUACAUUAUUGUCAAAGCUCUCUGAUCACCGUCAUGGCUUCAGUGACUGAUAGUAAAGCUGGAGUCAAAGAUGCUUCCGACCAGAAUUUUGACUACAUGUUCAAACUGCUCAUCAUUGGCAACAGCAGUGUUGGCAAAACCUCCUUCCUCUUCCGCUAUGCCGAUGACACCUUUACCCCAGCCUUUGUCAGCACUGUAGGGAUUGACUUCAAGGUGAAGACUGUCUACCGCCAUGAGAAGCGAGUGAAGCUGCAGAUCUGGGACACAGCUGGACAAGAGCGGUACCGGACCAUCACCACAGCCUAUUACCGUGGGGCCAUGGGCUUCAUUCUGAUGUAUGACAUUACCAAUGAGGAUUCCUUCAAUGCUGUCCAGGAUUGGGCUACUCAGAUCAAGACCUACUCCUGGGACAAUGCACAGGUUAUCCUGGUUGGGAACAAGUGUGACAUGGAGGAAGAGAGGGUUGUUCCCACUGAGAAGGGGCGGCUCCUUGCAGAACAGCUUGGGUUUGACUUCUUUGAAGCCAGCGCCAAGGAGAACAUCAGCGUGAGGCAGGCCUUCGAGCGCCUGGUAGAUGCCAUUUGUGACAAAAUGUCUGAUUCGCUGGACACAGACCCCUCCACGUUGGGCACCUCCAAGAAUACCCGUCUCUCAGACACCCCACCACUGCUGCAGCAGAACUGCUCAUGUUAGAUUGUCUCUCAGAUGAAGAGUAUAUGGAGCAGUGGUAGUGAGAGUCCUUUGGUCUCAAUUACUUUGUGACCACAGCCUUGUAAUCUCCACAGAAUGAUAUGAAUAUCUCCCAGACCUGACUUUCAAGUUCACAUCACCUGCUCCUGCUCCAGGGCUCUUUGCUUGGGUGUCAAGAUUCCUUGAGUGUCUUGAGGAAUGUUUAUUUGAGUUUGUUUGCCAAUAGUUUGGGGUAAGGAGAAGGAAUUAUAGUAACCAGUGUCCUGGGAUCUCACUGAUUUCAGAUUCUGCAUCUCUACGAAGUUACCCCUGAUUACCUGUCUCAGUUGGAGGAUCAGCCUAUGCCUGGGAUUGCACCCGAGACAGGCCCCUGAGAUAUGAAUACUGUUAAGCGAUGUUUUUUAAGGUCUUUAUCCCUUAUAUGAAGAUUUAUUCAUUUGUAUUUACUCAUUUAAUAAGUGAACUAGUAUGUGUAAGUGUCUAAUAUGUCAGGAUACAAUCAAUGGCACAUUAAACACAAGCCUUUCCUUCAUGAGGCUUGUAGUCUAGUAGCUUGUGGUGUAGCCUAGACAUUGUAAAAUACCCAAAUACGGUUAAAAAGUGCUCUGAAGUAAAGGUACAUCAUUCUGUGAGAACACAACUGGGAAAACUAAAUCAUAUUUGUGGAGCUGUUUCAAGAGUCCUAGGAAGACUCCACUGCCCCCAAAUACUUCUGCUAUCCACUGGCCAUUGCUUUAUAUUCCUCAAGCUUUCGUUUUUUAGUUCAAACCUUUGAUGACUAAUCAAACACAGAUCCUCCAAAAAGAGUAAGAGUGACAGAACAUUUGUACCUGUGAAAUAUCUUUAGACUGCCUGGUUCAGAGUUAAUUACUGUCUUCCAAGGGACAUAACAAAUGACCACAAAACUUAGUGACUUGAAAAAACAAACAUUUAUUAUUUCUCAUAAAUCGGUGGGUUAGCUGAGUGAUUCUUCUGGCUCAGGCUGGGAGGUCUAGAGUGACUUCAUUCACAUGCCUGGAGUCCCAGCUGAAAUGACUAGGGUGCUUGAGGUGCCCCUCUAUGUGUUUCCAUCUUCCAGAAGGCUGCCCAGCCUCGUUCACAUGGUGUUAGAAGUUUUUCCAGCAGCAAGAGGGCAAGCUCCAAAGAAGAUACUUCUCAAGCCUCUGUAUCAUGUUUGCCAGUGUCCCACUGACUAAUGCAAGUCACAUACAAGGGGUGGAAAAAUAGAUGCUGUCCCUUGAUGGAAGAGCUGUAAAGUAUUGUGGCCAUUUUUUCAACCCACCAAAGGAAGCAAUGAUAAGUUAUCUGAAACCAAGUCUGAUAAAUUUCCCUGGGUCUUAAAAUCUAUUAUCCCCAAAGAGAAACAUCAAAAUAGUUUACAUCAGGGCAGUCACACCAUUUGUUUAGUUGUCCAAAGAAUGAAAGAAACUUCUCUAUAGAGUUUUGAUGCAUAUUUCACCAUUCAUUUCUUAGCUACUCCCUGAGGGAUGAAUCUGGAAUCUCAUUCUAUGGAAUUAACUAUAAUAAUGGUUGUGAUUCCCACCUGAGAUUCCUGGUGGGAAGCCCAGCAGAAGGAUUCAGUGUAUGCAGAAAAGAUGACUCAAAGAAUAGUUGAGGGGCACCUGGCUGGCUCAGUCAGUAAAGCAUGUGACUCUUGAUUUUGGAGUUGUAAGUUUGAGCCCCACGUUGGAUGUAGAGAUUACUUAAAAAUAAAAUCUAAAAAACAAAACAAAAAAACACUUGGGCCCUCUGCUCCCAACCUAAUCUAGUCCUGUGGCUUUAGAUGCCAAGUCUUUGGUAGUGACAUGUAUACACAGGGCCCAGUAGAUAUUUCCAUGUCUCAAAUUUAACAUCUCCACCUUGGGACUCUUAAUUCUGCCCCAAAUUUAUUUCAACCCCAGUCUUCACAGAAACCUCGAUAUUAUUCUUAAUUCCUUCUUUUUCUUUUCUUUUUUUCUUUUUCUUUCUUUCUUUCUUUCUUUCUUUCUUUCUUUCUUUCUUUCUUUCUUUCUUCUUUCUUUCUUUCUUUCUUUCUUUCUUUCUUUCUUUCUUUCUUUCUUUCUUUCUUUCUUUCUUUCUUUUUCUUUCUUUCUUUCUUUCUUUUUUUUUUCUGUCCACAUCCAGCAACAAGUCCUGUGACUCUACUUUUAAAACGUAUUUCAAGUCCACCCACUUUUCUCCAUUGCCAUUGCCAUGAUCUUGGUUCAAGCCACUUGUUUCUCUUCUGGAGAGCUACCAUAGAGUUCCUAACCAGUUUCCCUAGUGCACACUUGCUCUUUUACAGUCCAUCCUCCACACAACACAAAUAUUUUAAAAAUAUAAAUAAAUGAACAAUUCAGUAACACUGGGGUUUACUUUAAUACCACACAUGAAAAGAAUCCAGAGACUUCAAUUAUUAUUAAUAAAAGUUAUUUCAUCAAUUCUCUUUCUAGCCCUGAAUCUGCCCCUAACUUACUAUAGGACUCCUGGUAAAUAAUUUCUUGUAAUAGCCAGCUAUCACUUUUCCCCAGAAUUUCUUCUGGAAAUAGUAAUCUUUUCUUUUGUAGUACUGCUAUACCUUCAUCCAAACCAGGUGAUUCUAGUGAAGACUGUCAAUAAAGUGAGUAUGUGACCAACCAAGGCCAAUCAGAAUUCUUCCCUAGGAUUUAAAAAGAAAAAAUUGGAGCUAUUUUCUUCCCUUCUAAGUGGCAGAUAUUGUGAGGAUGCAUGCUCUAAAACUGUGAUGACCUAUCCUCAAACAAUGUGUAGAAUGCUGAUCUAUGAGGGGAAAACAAGGCUAUCAUGCAGACAGAGGCAUAAGAUGAGAAAGUGUGUUCUGUGGCUUUCUCAGCUGUGAUUCCAGCGUCUUGAGGAAGAUGUGGAAUCACAUCUUCCUUUGAUUUAUUACAAACCUCAGUAUAUGUUUUCAGUAAAGCCCUCAUUUAGUCUUGCUCAUUGGAGUUAAGUUCUUAACAAUAACCAAAAAUAUAUUGUCCCCUCUUUGGUUUUCAGUUUUCUCCUUUAUACAUCCUCCCAGCUCCAAAGUGCAGUAAUUCUAAUUUCUAAACACUGAGUCUUUCAGAAAAAUUCCACUUCUGUGGACUUUCUGAUGAAGGCAUUGUAUAAUCUGGAACACACCCCACUCUCUUCACCAUUUUCUCUUCAUGUACCUGAAUAAAGGAGGAAAAGAGACUUCUCAAGGUGAAAAGUAGUUCUCCACAAACACUGAUGACCGCACAGACAAAGGUUCCUACGGUUAGGUUACUGGUCCACACAGAGACUAGCUUCCCAGGGAUUCAAACACUAGACAAAACAGCUAACAUCACUGCUGCUCUUUCUCCACAUCUGUUCUAUGUCUAGCAACUUGGUGACACCCACCAUCUUGAUAAUACAAUUGACUAGACUGAGUUGUGUGACAUCUGUUUUGUCAGCUUCUCUUCUAUAAUUUUGAAGUGGCCAAACAGCAAAUACCUAAACAGGAAGUCUAUGGGAGACUUGAAUAGAGUUUCCUUUGCUUGCUACAAAAUCAUGUCAUAGAAAUACUAACGUCUGGCACAGUAAAUCAGCAAGUCCCUGAGGGGUGUGACUAGGAUUCCCAGCACCCUUCAGAUUCUGACUCAUUUCUUCCUGAGUUUUACCAAUGGACUGGGAUAAAGCUAAUAGGCUGUGUGACCCUGAUUAAGUCACUCCCUGUUUCUGGGCUUCAUGAGUUUAGACUAGAUAAUUUCUGUAGGCCCUCUUGGAGCUGAUACUCUGUGAUUUUAGGCCCAUUUUCUGUCAGAGCUGCAAGUGGCAAACAGGAUUUUGGCAGGAAUCCUUUCAUUGUGAAAGCCUUCUUUCUUCUUGGGUAGGAUGAAAAUAGCCAAGGCUGUGUGGAUUCCCUGCCCUCAUCAAUCAGCCAGGCUUGUGGCCUUGGUUUCUGAGGCUCCCAGAAAGCACAUUAGCAAUUAAGUGCUUCUGGGUGGUCCUCGUCUGCCUGUAGUUGGCCAGAGGUUCCUAAAGGUUAACAACAAGAAUCUCUGAUGAGGCUUGUUGAGAAUAGCACACAGACAUAUGCAAGUGAGAAGCAACACUAGGCAGCCAUGUUUAAGGGCCAGAAAUGCAUUCCAAUUCAAGGGGAAAUGAAUUUAUCUAGCACCAGACAUGCAUCAGGCUGAGCUGGGUAAGAUCUUUUUGAGGGUAAUUUCUGUCAUUCAGCUGGGAGGCUGGAAACUAAAGGGCUGAGAGAUUUGUGCUGAGCUGUCUUCUAGUCCCUCCAAACAUCAAGUUAUAGGAUGAAGACUGAGAAAGCAGUGUGGUAGAGUGGUUAACAGCAUAAGGUUUAUAGUCCAAGAGAUCUGGGCUCAGUCCUUAGAUCUUCAUCACAAAACAGUUGUGUGACUUUGAGAAAGUUACUCAUGAUACCUCAAUUACUUCCUAUAUAAAUGGAAUAAUAUCUGCCUCCAGAGGUUGUUGAGAGGAUUAAAUGUGGGGAUGAGUGUAAAGCCCUUAGUGCAGAGCCUGGCAUUCAUAGUAGGUGCUGAACAUGUGUUGACUAUUGUACUACACAAGGUCUCAAUUAGGCAAAGUGUCCUGGAGCCUUUGUCAAAAGAUGCUCCACCAACAGGUACCUGGCUGGCUCAGUUGGUGAAAUUGAUCUUGGGUCAUGAGUUUGAGCCCCACACUGGGGGUAGCAUUUACUACAAAACAAAACAAAACAAAACAAAACCCCAGUGCUCAGAAAACCAGGGUUCUAAAAGACUUGGGUUUAAGUCCUACAACGUACUAGCUGUGUAACAGGACACAUCUUUUCAUCUAUAAAAUGAGAUUAAUAAUCUUGCCUACUUUACAAAAUAGUUGUGAGAAUCAAAAGAAACUAUGAAAUGUUGUGGACGUAUAAAAUGGAGACAGCAUGAGGGGCUGGGAGUAGGCAGUGUUCAUUCCAGAAUGAAAGCACACCCUCCAGAGUCAUUCCAAGGGUCACUUCCACCUCUACCAGCUUUCCCCUCUUACCCUACAUUUUGGUCCCAGGAACCUAACCUCACAGAGAAAUGUCAGGCCGACAUGCUGUGGAUGGGGUUGGGGCUCAGGAGAGGCAGGCAGUAGAGUCCAUUUGUACAGUGACUAGUAUAUUAUAACAAAAAUCAUCAAUUGUGUGUUUGGCACUUUGCAGUUCCCAAAGUACUUUCUCAGUGAAGCUUCAUGGUUUUUGACAUAACCCUGUGAUGUGGGUUUAUCAUUCCCAGUACUCAGAUAAGGAAAACUGAGGCCUGCACCUGAAGCAACCUACUCAAGACUACAAAAUGAAGGCAGCAAGUGGUUGGUUGGUCUUAGAACAAGAGAGUCUGCCCAAGGAGUGAGAGGUCCUGAUCCUGAGCCCUGCCCAUUUGAGGAGAUUGGGGGUAGCUGAAGAGAAAACCUAAACAUCAGUUGUGCCUACAUCUGGCUUCCUCUCUGCUUGUGGGAGAGAAGAAAGGAGAGGCACACACACACCCACACCCUUAAUACAGUUAAACCUUAGAACAGAAGUUUCCUCAUCUCAUGGCCCAGAGGCUGAUGGUCUCGGCAGUCACACAGAGAAAUGUCACCUUACUCAAUUUGCACACCACUUUCAACUCCUCCAGUUGCUCUUUCUAAUUUAUUCAACCAGGGACUGGGCUGGUCUCAUGCCAGCCUAGGCUGAACAGAAGUCCUCAGGAGGAGCAAUUAGCAAAUUUGGAGUUCUCCCUCUAGAGGACUGAGCAGAAAAGGGAAUAAUAACGCUCCUAUCUCUCCCCAUAAGGUUCUAGCUAAGCAGAUGUUUUCAUGCUUUUUUAUUCUCCCUAUAUUCUGUGUCCUGACAGCUAUUCGAAGUGAUAUAUGAAAUGUUAUGUGGUAUUGUGAGCUUGUACAAAUGCAAAGAUAUACAUACACACACGUUUGCACAGUAACAAGAGGGAAGAUCCCAUUUGCAAAUAUCUGUGGUGUCUCCCUCUUCUGUGUUGAUAUGUUUUAUUGAUUCAGACUGGCUUAGCUUCAUGUAUCUCCUAUCCUUAUUGUAAUGGCAACGAUGGCAUGUGCAUUAAAGUUCAUCUGAACUGUA